UGCCCUCCCCAUCAUGUGCGCAUGUACACGUCAGGAACCAAAGUUCAGUUUCACCGCCUUGUGACUGAGCCACAGAGGAACUGCCUCCAGACACUGGCCUCCUGGUGUUUUCAGCCACACGCCAAGGACACAGACACAGGAACACUAUUCACACACCUGAUAACCACACAGUCUGCGAUAGGGGCCUUGCACACAGCCACAGCCGCCUACAGUCACACAGAUGCACACACACACCCUCAGCUCCCAAGCUGCGCUCACAGAACCUCAUCACACCCGAGGACACAGUCACCCUCACCAGCCUCCCUCAAGGAGUUAGAAUCCGUCACUCCGGAUCCCAAGGUGGUUCAGAGCUACGCACAGAUGUGCAGGUAGGUAUGUAAGUCACACGUUCUCACGGAUGCCACUUGAAAGAGUUACAGUUGAGUACGCACUGCCUCCCCCAGAGAUGGCGAGAGUAGACUGAGUAUUGUCAGUCACACAGGCAUAGGCAGUUUCCCACAUUUAUUCUCACGGCCGUGUCAGGCGGGUUCUAAGGACGCAGCUUUGACACAGGAAGGUGGGAGCACUGUGUCCCACACGUAAUUGCCGAACUGCACACCCAGUUGCGCCAGGGGAGCCCCCCCGCCCCGCACCUAUAGCGCACACGCGGUCCACAGAUCGUGGUACACACGCUGCUGCGCCGGCGCAGCCGCGCACACGGUCACCCCCCCACUUCGACCGCACCCGCUCCCGCCCAGUCAAUCACGCCGGGGGCGCACAAGGCCCAGGUACACGUGCCGCGCGUACACGGUCCCCAGCUCGCCCGCGCACUCGCGCCGGCUCUCACACCCCCGCGUUUCCCGUCCUCGCUUGUUUUUCUGGAAACUCUGCCCUCCGUUCCCCUCCCCCUAGGCCGGAAGCGCUCGCCGUAUUUUUAGCCUCUCUGGUUUCCGCCCCUUUCCCCCUCCGUCUGCCAGCCCAGGACCUGCCCCCUGCGCCCCGCGGGGGACCCCGGCCAUCCCCUUCCCCACCGUCAUUCCAGAGGGGAUUCCCGGCCUUCGCCGGGGCCACGGAUUUUCCCGCUGACUACGUGGGGAGCGGGGCGGAGUCCUGCCCUGAACUUCCUCCUGGGCUGGGACGCCUGAGGCCUGGACGGGGUGGAGUGGGGGAUGGGAGCCAGACUCCUAAAUCGGAGGGAGAGAGGGGGCUGGGGGCUCGGACUCCUGCGUUUGCGAGAGAGGGUGGCCGAGGGCCUGGACUCCUGAGUGAAGGAAGGGGCCGGGGGCCGGAUCUCCCGGGUCUGAGCGAGGAGGCGCCUUGGAAACCCGGACCCCUACAUUUGAGCAAGGAGGGGCGGAGGCCCGGGCUCUUAGGACCCCCACCCCCGUCGGUGUUUCGAGGCUUGGUCGGUCCUUCAUGGCGCAAAGCCCCCGCCAGCCUCUUGGAGAGUCGCCCAAUCCCAAGCGUCCUGGCUCUCGGGCCGAUGACUCAGCAGAUGGGAGAGGGGAGGGGGGUCAGCCUGACUCAGGGAUGGGAAAUGCUCCGUCUCCAGGGAAUCGAAACUAGUAUCCCUCCUCUCGGAUCGCAGCCAGAGCCGAGCCGGACACCGGGGACCCCAGGGUGCCUCCCAUCUCUCGUUUUCCCGCCGCGUUAGUCCUACUAGCCGCACAGGGAUUUGGAGCCUAACCGCGGCGGGUGCCAGGCACCUCCCCUUUUCCCCUUUUCCCGUAGUCCUCGAGCCUCUGUUUACAGGCGACAGAAGCCCUGGUUACAGAGAGGAACCCGGGCGUCCGGGCCUAGCCUCAUCGUCACGGCUUCCAGGAAGCCCCCCUCUCCCGCCCCUUGCGAGUGAGUCAUAGGCGAGAGCGAGGCUGCAACCGUGCCAGAAGCGCCCGCAGCCGCCCAGCUCACGAGACAGGCCGGGAAGGCCCCUCGGCCCCAGAAAGCGCCGCACCAGGGAUUCCCCCGUGCUCUGUCGGACGAAAAAGUCGGCGUGCUUAGCACAAUCUCCCCACCUCAAUACAAGCCCGCAGUUUGCAGUCGCAACCUGCAAGAAUGAACUUUCCACCAUUAUAACUGCACUCCAUGGCAACAGUUUAUUUCUACCCCCAUAUUUUCACUCAGGGCAACCCGCUCAUGGAGACCCCCUUUAAAAAUUAGUUUCUUCUCCAUAUCUUAAGAGAGUGUCACUCAGGGCAACUCCUUGACAAUAAAAGACUUGCCAUUAAGGGGAGUGAUUCCUGCAGAUUAAGAGUUCUCUCAAGGCACAUCCUUUAUAAGAGACCCAUCCGACCAUCAGUUGGGGAUAACCCAUUUCUUCGACUCGAGACAGCUUUCCAUCAAGGAAACCCUCCACCAUAAUAAAAGAUCUCCCCCUUUCCAAUCUUGAGUUUUCUCUGAGCGCAAACUCUUACAUAAUUUAAGGCCCUGGUAUUAGGCUGCUGCCAUUUACUAACAGAACAACUUGGCCUCUCGAUGCCAGAGUUUCCUCGUGUGUAAAAUGGGCAUAACAAUACCUUGAGUUAAUGUAUGUAAAGCACUUUCAUGCAACAGUGCCUAGCCCAGAGGAAGCGAUCAGAAGUGCCAUUAUCUGUGUGAGGGUAAGAUACAGAAGCUUGAGAAAUGGGAAAGAAAUGGGACACCAGCCUCGCCAGGUGUCCGGGACCCCACCCCACUCCAAGCCCCGUGAGUGGGGUCGGGGAGGGCGGUCCAGGCUUCCGGAUCUGGACUGUUUGAGAGCGAGACCGUGCCAGGCCGGCAGGUCUUAGAAAAGAAUUCUCCACCAAGCCCGUGGGUCUCCUCUCUGUUUUGCUCCUGCGGAUUUCUGUCUGUGGAUGUUUCUCCCUUUUUCUGUGUUUCUAUAUGUGACUCUUCCUGCCUCCCGCUUCUCGCUCUUAAUUUGUCUUUCUGGGACUGUCUAUAUCUCGUCUUUUCAAUCUCUGCCUCCCCACCUCCUCUUCUCUCCUUACCCUCUCUCCCCGCUCUGUGCAUGUCUCCCUGUGUGCGUGGCUCCGUGUGUGUGUGUGUGUGUGUGUGUGUGUGUGUGUCCGUGUGUUUUUCUCUUUGGUCUCUCCAUUUCUGUCUCUCGCUCUCCGUGCGCCUCCUCCCGCCCCUGUCGGUCAGUCUCUGGAGCGCACGCCCUCUCAGCCUCUGCCCUUGUCAAUUCCCCCAGGAGCCCUGCCCCCACCUCCGUCCCAGUUCCCUUCUCGGCGCUUUAGUCUCCAGCCUUGAAAACUGGGCCGACGCCCCCCACCCCACGCACUCCCCGCUGGGUCGCGACCGCCCGCAGGCCCCCCUCAGAUGAAUCCGAGCUGGGGGCCGGGCGGAAGGGGUCCCGACCCGGGCCAGGCGGGCGCGCUGGGGGCGCGCGUCCGGGAAGCGCCCCUCCUGGCCCCGCCCGCCGUGGCCAACUCCUCAUGGCCCCGCCCCCUUCUGGCUUAAUAAAAGCGGCGGCUCUUCCACUGCGCCGCAGCCGGACUUCAGCGCUCCCACUUUCGGCCGGUACCUCAGCCUUCGGCCAUCUGUGCCACCAUGGAUCUCGCUGCCAUCUACGAGAGCCUCCUGUCGCUGAGCCCUGAUCUGUCAUCCAUCCAAGGAGAGACUGAGUCCAGCACGGGCUGGACCUCCUCGGGACUCUGGAGCCUCAGCUCACCCGACUCCAGCCCGGCUGGGGUUGCUGCCCGCCUGCCUGGCCGCUCCACCAGCCUGGUGGAGGGUCGCAGCUGCGGCUGGGUGCCCCCACCCCCAGGCUUCGCGCCCCUGGCUCCCCGCCCAGGCCCUGAGCUGUCGCCCUCACCCACCUCACCUCCUGCAACCCCCACCACCUCAUCCCGCUACAAGACUGAGCUCUGUCGGACCUUCUCAGAAAGCGGGCGCUGCCGCUAUGGGGCCAAGUGCCAGUUUGCCCACGGCCUGGGUGAGCUGCGCCAGGCCAGUCGCCACCCCAAGUACAAGACGGAACUGUGCCACAAGUUCUACCUCCAGGGCCGCUGCCCCUACGGCUCGCGCUGCCACUUCAUCCACAACCCCAGCGAGGACCUGGCUGCCCCAGGCCACCCCCAUGUGCUGCGCCAGAGCAUCAGCUUCUCAGGCCUGCCCUCGGGCCGCCGAACCUCGCCGCCACCAGCAGGCCUGACAGGCCCUUCCCUGUCCUCAUGCUCCUUCUCACCCUCCAGCUCCCCACCACCACCGCCUGGGGACCUUCCACUUUCACCCUCUGCCUUCUCUGCUGCCCCAGGGACCCCUGUGGCCCGAAGGGACCCCACCCCAGCCUGUUGCCCUUCCUGCCGAAGGGCCACCCCCAGCAGCAUCUGGGGGCCCUUGGGUGGCCUGCCUCGGAGCCCCUCUGCACACUCCCUGGGAUCUGAUCCUGACGAAUAUGCCAGCAGCGGCAGCAGCCUGGGGGGAUCUGACUCACCUGUCUUUGAGGCCGGGGUUUUUGGGCCACCCCAACCACCUGCACCUCCCAGGAGACUUCCCAUCUUCAAUCGUAUCUCUGUUUCAGAGUGACAAGUGCCUGCCUAGUACAGAUCAGCUGGAUUUUAAGAGGGGCCAUUUCUCUUGUGCUGUAGGUUCCACAAGGGGUCCCGGGGCUGUGGGGGAACCGAAGGACUCUUAAUUAGCUCCCCCCACCUUCCAAAGUGCAUUAACUCAUUCCCCUGACCCUACGCUGGGGCAGGUCCCCAGUGUGUAAGCUGUUCAUGGUGUUGCGGGAAGGAGUGUUUUCUGGGGUCUUAAAAAAAUGUAGCAAAUUUGAGGGAGGCAGUGAGGCCGCUUCCUCCCACCUCUCCCCUGCCCAAUGCUGUGAAUAAUAAGCCCCCACUGCCCCCUUCCAAUUUUUCCUAGAUCCUGAGGGUCCAGUGUCUGAUGGUGACUGGAGCCUCCCCUGAACGGGAAUCCUGGUGCUCAAAUUUCCCUCUAAAAGCAAGUAGCCAAAGCCGUUGCCAAGCCCCUGCUCUCCCACCCCCUGCCUUUGGGCCCUUUAUUUAUGACGACUUUAUUUAUUCUGAUAGAUUUUAUAGUAUUUAUAUAUAUUGGGUCGUCCGCUUCCGUUGUAUUUUUCUUCCUCUUUUGUAAUAUUGGAAACGAUGGAAUAAUUAUUGUUAUAAGUAUACUAUAAUAAUAUAUUAAGUAAUAUAUAUUGUUAAAAUUUAUUUUUGUGUUUUUUGGAAUUUUUGAAUAAAAGAAAUCUGUGUGUAAA